AUGUUGGCAAGGGCUGUGGCUGGGGAAGCCUGCGUCCCAUUCUUUGCGUGCAGUGGCAGUGAUUUCGAGGAGAUGUAUGUAGGUAUUGGGGCUAAGAGAGUGAGGGAGCUCUUCGGUGAAGCAAAGAAGCAAUCUCCUUGCAUAAUAUUUAUCGACGAGAUUGAUGCCAUUGGAGGCCGCAGAAACCCGGAAGAUCCAACUUGUUACAGGCAAACCGUGAACCAGCUGCUUUCUGAGAUGGAUGGCUUCAAGCAAAAUGAUGGGAUCAUUGUUAUCGCGGCAACCAACUUCCCCCAGUCACUUGAUAAAGCCCUCCUCAGGCCUGGGCGUCUGGACCGUCAAAUUCAUGUCCCAAUUCCAGAUGUCGAGGGCAGACGGCAAAUCCUCGAGGCUUAUAUGUCAAAAGUCCAAGCCAGCAAGGAUGUGGAUCCGAUGACCAUUGCAAGGGGGACGCCUGGAUUCUCUGGUGCAGACCUCUCAAACCUGGUGAAUGACGCUGCUCUCAAGGCAGCCAAGGAUGGGGCGGAAGCUGUUAUGAUGCAUCACAUUGAGUAUGCCAAGGACAGGAUCAUGAUGGGAAGUGAACGCAAGUCAGCAGUGAUACCUGAUAACUGCAGGAAGCUUACCGCGUACCGUGAGGGAGGGCAUGCCCUUGUUACCAUCCACACGGAUGGCGCUCGACCUAUCCACAAGGUCACCAUUGUUCCCAGGGGAGAUGCUCUUGGCAUGGUGACACACCUGCCAGAGGAAGAAGAUGCGUAUAAAGAAACGAGGAAGCAAAUGCUGGCGAGAUUGGAUGUCCUCAUGGGACGCCGGGUGGCCGAGGAGCUUGUAUUUGGAGAGAGCGAGGUGACCGCUGCCGCCUCCUCUGAUCUAAGCCAGGCGACGCAGCUGGCAAUAGACAUGGUCACCAGGUAUGGUAUGAGCGGGCAGGUCGGCCUUGUUUCCUACGAUGAUGAUGGUGGCAGCUGUGUGAAGAGGACGUCCAUGAGGGGGCUGCAGACAUCCCAUGUCGAUGAGGAAGUGAAGCAGCUAUUGGACAAGGCUUACAAGAAUGCGAAAACGAUUCUCACGACGCACAUCAAUGAGCUUCAUGUGCUAGCCGGCGCCCUCCUUGAGCAUGAAACUCUCACCGGGGACCAGAUCAACAAACUAGUAUAUAGGCAAGUAAACGGCCUUAACAAUUGUCAACAGAAUCAGGAAACGCCUCCUUCAGCCUAA